CCCGCUCCCCCUUCCCAGAACCGGACUCCAUGUUGCUGUCCCAACCUCUCCAAACGUUCUCCCAGCUUUACCGGAAGAAAACAAACUGAAGCAAACUUCAAAAGUAACGACCAAGACUCGCCGUGCAGCAUAAGUUUGUAUCCACUCCUCUCUUUCUUUCUUUCUUUUUUUUUGUCCCCGUUCUUUUUUUUUUUUUUUGGCCCCGUGGCGGGGCAGGACAGCGAGACUAGGCCGGGGGGGUGGGACACGUCGCCCGUAUGAUGUGGAUCUGGUACCUUCUGCUUGGUUCGGGGUCAGGCUCGAGAACUGUCGAGAGCCAGCUGCUUCCAGGGAAUAACUUCACCACGGAGUGCAACAUCCCCGGAAACUUCAUGUGCGGAGAUGGGAAGUGCGUCCCGGGCGGGUGGCAGUGCGACGGUCUGCCCGACUGCUUCGACAAGAGCGACGAGAAAGGCUGUCCCAAGGUCAAGUCGAAGUGUGCCCCCACAUUCUUCGCCUGCGCUAACGGUGUCCACUGCAUCAUUGGACGCUUCCGCUGUAACGGCUUCAGCGACUGCCCUGACGGGAGCGACGAGGAGAACUGCAGCAACCCGCUGGUCUGCUCCGAAGCCCGCUUCAAGUGUCGAAACGGCCGCUGUGUAGACCGCAGCUUCUUGUGUAACGGCCAAGACAACUGUCAGGACAACAGUGAUGAAGAGCUCUGUCUGACAACAGCAGAAGCCCCGGGCCAGGACUUCGUGACUCUGGACUACCGCCUGCGCUACUACCCCAGCAUCACCUACGCCGUCAUCGGCAGCGCCGUCAUCUUCGUCCUGGUGGUGGCCUUGCUGGCGUUAGUCCUUCAUCAUCAGAGGAAGCGGAGCGUCCUGCUGCCCCGGGGCGUAAGAGGGGGCUCACAUCACCACCAUCACCAUCAGCCCCUGCUGCUGUCGCGUCUGGUCAUAUUGGACCGGGGCCACAUACAUCCAGGAGGUCCGGGUCUUUCCCCCGGCUCCCCCACCGCAGCAGGCCAGUACAGCUCAACUCCUCAGGCACUGCAGCUGCUGUCUGGGACUCUUUAUCCCUCCGGACUGUCCAUGGACUCACCCCCUUCAUACUCACAGGCUGUUCUGGAUGUCAGUCGGCCUCCCUGGUUCGACCUCCCUCCUCCGCCGUACCUCCCAGAUGGGGAACUUCCCUCCGAGGGUGAGCUUCCUCAGUACGAGGCCCCGCAGGAACCUCAGAGCCACCCCACAGCUCAUCCCACAGCUCAUCCCACAACUCAUCCCACAGCUCACCCCACAGCACCCCUCGCUCCCAGAACUGUGUCCUCAGGCACUCAGGAGGAGUCCGACCAGCUGUAGCAGCUCUUCAGGAGACUAAUAAUACUUAACAACUUAUAGAGACUGCAGGACUCAGUGACGAGGCUGCAGGGCAGCGCGAGGCCAAGUCGGCGCGCUGCAAAGACCAGUUUAAGAAGACUGAACGAGGAGUCAGAGAGCGAACAGAGUCCUCAACUCGCUGCCUACCAUCACCUUACCGAGGAGCUGGACUGAGAGCGGCUCUUCUUGAGAGAAUCAGUUUAUGCGCUGGCUCCCCCUGCUGGGGUCAUGACUGCACUACGCCUUAAUCAGAUUACACGUUGUAUUAAUCUGUCCUGAGUUCAGCUCAGUUGAUUGAGAAGAAGAAAUGUUAGUGAUCAUCUCCAAAGAAGCAGGAAAGUUAAUCCACCAUUCAUGAACAUGUACAAUUAUAACUAUAUCAUUGUAAAUUCUGAUAUUCUUGUGGAGAGUCAAAAAAUCUCUGCAGCAAUGUGUAUUGCUCUUCACAUUGACAGUGUUUUCAGCUUAAUUUGUAUAAUAUCCAAUAUAUUGUGUAGAAUUACAGAUUUUCGAGAAUUUACCAGAAUCACAUGCAACGUACAGCAGCUCAGUCAGAGGUUAUCUUCACCUGUUUUCAGUGUCGACGCGAAGCACGUACUAAUCUAGUCAAAAUUAACAUUUUUUCUUUUAUAGCUCUAGAUAUUUUUAAAAGAUCAGUGGUUGACAUGUUUCCUUUUUUUUUUUUCAUAAUUGUCCACAGUAUUUCCUGUUGUCAUUCGGUUAAAUUCCAGCUAAAGAUGCGAAAUUGGACCACUGCAGUUAUCUCAAAUAGAGAGCAGAGCACAAACAAAAGUAUUAACUUGGAGUUUCAUAAAUCAUUCCUUUGUUGGCAAAGAUAACUUUUAUUGUGUUUCUGCUUGGAAACCAAUAAUUCUUUUAAACACACACGCAAAAAAAAAAAAAAGAACAAAGAAUUUAGUUGAGGCCUUAUUCUGUGCUAGUGCCUUCUUAUGUGACAUGACAUUCAACAGAAAACUCACAGGAAACCCAUGAUGCGUGUUUUGCUUUUCAAAGUUCAAAUUAAUGUAUAUAAGUAUUACUGUGUGUCAUUCAGAGAAGUCAACCUCUGUAGUAUCGGACUGAUGAGGAGCAUAGCUGAAGGAUGUGUGUUUGUUCGUUCAUUUCAAAGUGGUUUGUUCAACACUGUACAUAGGAGGUAGGGGAAGUAAAGAAAUCUAUUUAAAGUAGAAAACUACUUAAAGUGAGAGACGAAUGUGUGUAGUUGUGAUUUGCAUAUUGUAAUGAAGAAAAAGAAAACAAUCAAGCCAAAGAUAAUCAUGUUUUUUGAUCGUUUCCCAAUGAUGUUACCCCCAAAAGGAACAACGGUGUUUGUUAUAUUAGAUAUUCAAAUGUUAAUUGAGUAAAUCAGAAUCCACGUUUCUUGCUGUAAAACUGGAAAACAUUUCUCAGGAAAAAGUGAUACCAGUUUGCCUGUUCUGUUGUUUUAUAUCUUAGUUUUGUUGUAAGGAACUUCUUUGUUUCCACAAGUUUUGCUGUUACCAUAUUUGUGAAGAUGAUCAUUUCAUCCCUUGUAUUCUGUACAUUGGAAGUAAUAUAAAUUCACGACUUGGA